GACGCCUGUAUACUUGAGUCGGUUCACCGACUCUCUAUUUCCACCCUUCUUCCAGUAAACAUUGUGAUCUGGUCCGUCGGAACUAAUAUAAGAAGCAGUCUAGUUGGUCGUCAUGGGAAUCCUCCGUCAAUAAGACCGACAGUUGUCAUGCCCCUACCGAAGCACACAGUCCAUCCAGUGCGCGUGAGCCAAGUUCCCGUUCCUCCGGAUGUAGAAAACGAGUUAGAAUUUGUGGCCAACGCCACUCUCUGCAACCUGAUGCGUCAAAUGGCCUCCAUUAGCCGAGUAGCCACACACAUGUUUGAUGAGCUAACAUCCGAGUUGUCCGGUCUGGCGGAGCGUACAAUGCGUCUGCAGAAUCGAUUGCUCGUACUACAGGAGGAUGUGCAGGCGAUGCAACAUGGGGACGAAGAUAUGACCGUAAACGCACCACUCGUCCAACUACCACCGUUUUGUAGUAAAAAGCCAGCGGACAGUCGAGUCCUCAGCAGAAACACAAUUCCACAAUCGAUGCGUGCCUGUUACGAGCGGGCAGACCCUCCACCACCACUGCAACAGAUGGACGAGUUACGUGAUGACAAGCGUAUCAGUAUGAAAUUGUACUCGGAUCCGGAUUUCUUUUUUGAUCUCUGGAGUCAGAAGAUGCUUCAAGAUCCACGGCACAAAGGCGCUGCCAAGAGAAGGCGACCCAAAUCCAAAUCGAAGACAUCUGCUGUGAAGCAAGGCACAUCACACAGACCACAAAUAGUCAUCCAACAAACGGGUGUUGGUGGAAACUACGUGCCCGGGUCACAACUGGAGCGCAAUGGGACAACUCCAUUCCACCCACCGAGUCCGUUGGUCACCUCCUCUGUGAGCAAGGUCUUUCCGCCUCAGAACGCUCAUCAUGCCCAUAGCACACUCCCGCCGCCACCACCACCAACAUCUAUGCCUCCCAUUAAUGUGCAACGCACCCACACCGAGCCAUCCGUGAGCGCCACUGUGCCCAACGGACCGUGCGGGGUCGUCCACACUCCGUCACCCGAUCCCAUGCCUCAGGUCAAUGGACACUCGGAUCCUCGUGAUCAUCAUCAUCCUGUACCGCAUGUCCACCAAAUGCACACCGUUCCUGGCAACGUGCAUCACCCUCCACCACCGCCUGUACCACCAUCAACCCAUUCAACCAUGAGUGAGAGUAUCGCAGCCUCCGCCAGUGGAAACGAGCACCCGAUGUCGAACUCGCUUGCCGCUUCCGAUCAUUCACUGGAGGAUGUGACCUUCCCCUUGCCCUCACUCACUCAAGAUUCUCAAGCACUCCCGUCUCGGAAAAGCAGUGUUGGCAGCCCUGGAUCGGUGUCAUCCCACGAACUGCCUCCGCCGCCCGCACCAAUCUUCGAUGUGCCCCCUAUCAACGAAUGCCCCGAUUUACCCCCGUUUGUGCCUCCGCAUGACGGCGGUGUAUUACCGCCUCCUCCCCCUCCGCCUCCUCCUCCUCCACCACCGCUGCCGCCGCCGCCGCCGCCACCGGCUUCUCUUCAACCCACUUCCGUUGCAUUCGGGGUUGUUACUGAUCAGAUAAGCAGACUGGCUAUCAGUCACACCGAUCCGGAUCACAAGUCGCGAGUUGGCUCCCGUCAAGGCCCUCCACAAGAUUUGCUUUCGGCUAUCCGCGCCGGAAUUGCCCUACGUAAAGUUAGCGACACUCAGUCGUCAAUUUCGUCAAAGUUCUCUCGAAACAACUCCAUCAGCAGUUUGGGCAUGAAGCCAAAUGAUGUACAGGCCAUCUACGAGGCUGUCAGACGACGUCGGGAAUUCAUGGACAACAAUUCGUCUGGUGAUGAAGACGAUAAAGACGCGAACAGCGAUUCUUCCGGUUGGUGUGAUUGACUUCCAUGGACACAGGUUCUUCGUUUAGUUACCAGCCCCUCUCCCCACUUGCUCCCAUGGUGACUUUCUCCGACUUCGGCCGAUGCUUGUGAGUCGCGCAAACAAUUACUUCUACGUGGCGUCCCCCCCCCGCGCCGUAACGCUCAUGCGCUAUCUGUUCUUUUAAAGCCUUCCACAUACAAGUAUUGGCCGUCUCCUUUUCUCAAAUUCGCCAAUGCCACUUUUCCACAGGUCUUUCGGUUCGUGUCUCUGUAAUGAAACCAUCCCUGUCUUUUGCUUCUUGGUGGUGUCCAGCGCUUUUCCCUGACCUCCAACCACCACUUCAUUCCGGCUUUCUCCGCUCGAAUCGGUCCGCAUCCAUGUCGCUUCAACCAUAUGUCCACUACCUUCCGUUCCCAUUCUCAUUGUAGAUUGCAUUGAUUUGUUUACACACACUCUCUCUGUCUCUCAUCUCGAAUUGGAUUCCGUCCUCGCCUACAAUUGCCACCAACCUUUUUUUAUUUUCCUCACCAGUGCAAUUCCUUUCUCUGACCUAUACGACUUUGUCCAGUAGUUCCUCGUCAUAUGCUCAUCUAACUCACUUGCUAUGCCUGUUUCGAUCACGCGUACUCUAACAGUGCAACCCAUCCGGUCUACAUACACAGAUGCUUUAGACUAUCCAAUGACCUUUCCCCGCCCCCGCAACCACAUCACGUGCGUCAGUAACGUUUCACACCUCUUCCACGGCCAUCACUGCAUAUAUACCGCUCCCUUUUCCAUUGCGUUUCCUUGAAUUCAAUAAACUAUCUUGGCAGUACUUUCC